AUGGUUAAUUUGCGCAAUCAGCUUAAUAUUGUACAGCACGGAGGCAGAGCUGGCUCGUAUACGAUCAAUCAUUCAGAGUGCUACAAAUGCAAGGGCCAUCACGCACCCCCAUCUUCAGAGCUUGCCCAAUGCAGCCGCUCAAUCCCUGAAGCAGUGCUUAUGAUGUCUCAUCAAUCUACUUCGCCCAUGCAUUAUAGCACCAAGUGCAAAUGCUUGUACAUUUAUAACUCAAUGAAUUCAGGAUGCAUGAAUGCCACAAGCGAUACUUAUUGCCUUCAUUUAAUAUGCACGCUUUGCUCCACAUGCACAGGCAAAAAAUGCUCCGUUGUACUUCACAACCAGAUGAGGUUUGAAGAAUUCUUGAUGUUUCCUGUGCACAUCCUAUCUAUAGGUGCUGUCUACAUAAGACGAUACAUCAGCCAUGUCCAGAAGCCGAUCUCGUUAGAGUCAUUUACCAAGACAUAUCUUGUAUGCUGUGUGCUUGCUGCAAAGUACAUCGACGACACCCGGAUAUUCAACGAUUUCAUUGUGGAAAAGUGGAGAUUUGCAAUCAAAGAUAUCAAUCACAUAGAGAUAUCGGUUCUAAAACUAUUCAGGUUCAACCUCGAUGUUGAUUUGAAUGCAUCAUACUUGCAUGAAUGA